CCCUUCGCCAUUUCUCCCUCCAUUACUCUACGCGCGCGCUUGAACAUCACCCUCUUCGACCUACUCUUUGAAGGAACGUCAUCUUUGGACGGUCAUCACCUCAGUUUCUCUAAUCCCAACUGUGCCGCCCCGUCGCAGCAACAAAAGUCGAAUUGCACGUUUGGUGCGGGGAGCAAAAUCGGACUCUCGCAAGUCGCCCUUUCUCCAUCUCUCUCUCUCUCCGCCGUCGCAACCCACACAGGAAACUCGACGCCAUUGAGCACACACACACACACACACACACAUCCAAAGCAAAAUGCCUCUCGACACGUCUACGACAUACCCGCUCACCAAACUACGCCUGGAUGGCCGACGCUGGAACGAGCUGCGGCUCCUUCAAGCGCAGAUCUCCACCAACCCCGCCAGUUCCGGCUCGUCAUACCUGGCCAUGGGCAACACGGCAAUCAUCUGCUCGGUCCACGGGCCCGCGGAGGGCCGUCGCGGGGAUGCCUCUGGCGGCUCGGCGGGCUCGUCCGGGGCGGUCGUGGAGGUGGACGUGAACGUCGCCGGGUUCGCGGGGGUGGAUCGGAAACGCCGUGCGGGUGGAAGUGACAAACAAUCCUCCCGCAUCGGGACCAUCCUCCGCUCCGCCUUCCAGUCACACCUGCACACCUACCUCUACCCGCACAGCACGAUCAGCAUCCACGUCUCGGUGCUGUCGGCGGACGGCUCCCUGCUGGCGGCGGCCGUCAACGCGUGCACGCUGGCGCUCGUCGACGCCGGCAUCCCCAUGCCGGGGCUGCUGUGCGCCUGCACGGCCGGCAUGAGCGGCAGCGCGUCCACGCCCCGCGACCCCACCAACGACUUCCUGGACCCCCUGCUGGAUCUGUCCCUGCCGGAGGAGCAGGAGCUGCCGUUCCUGACGGUGGGGACGACGACGACGGUGCCGGUCGGCGAGGCGGCGAUGAUCCACGAUGACGAGGACGAGAUGAAGGUGUCGAUGUUGACGAUGGACUCCAAGGUGCAUUGCUCGUAUGUGGAGACCAUGCUGGCGGUGGGCAUUGACGGGUGCAAGCAGAUCCGGGAGAUUCUGGAGGGGGUGAUUAAGAAGUCGGCUCGUCGGUGAUUGUUUAUUUUUUUUUUUCGGUGUUUGGUUGCAAUGAAAAAGCAUGGCAGGCGAAAUAUUUGUGUAUAUACCCCGUGAAACGAAUGCCAUGGGCGGUGUUAGGCGUGGAUUUCUGGAAGUUCUCAGUACGCUUUCUUUCGACAUUGCAAAUUCCUUUCAUUAGGUCGACGUGAACGGUCGUGGUCUGAGAGGGCCCGGGGGGUGGGGAGUGCAUAAAUCUGCUCAAUUCUGCGCGCGCUGCAUCUUCCCCAUUGGCCGGGUCAGGGGGGGUAUGGCUCGCUAGCGAGUGGGCAUCGUGGUGCCAAAGUCUUGGAAUCUGCGCAGGAUGAGCGAGUUUUCUUUUGCCAUGCUUGAUGGAUCAGACGAUGGGUUUGGGCUGCGGUGAGCUGGUUGAGGUUAUCCUAUUGUAUCGAUGCAGGGUGAAGCUGGCUAUAUCAACCUCCAGACCCCUGCUGUGUCCAGAACAUUGAUCACCAAG